AUCGAGGGUUUGUCGCUGAAGAUACGCUUUUUUUAAGGUCUCCAAGUUAUCAGUUAAAGGGAGUUUUUCCACCGAUACUAUAAUGGAUGUGACGUGGCUUAGAAAACUUAAAAUUGUUCCUUUUCAAGGUUUUGUUCGCACCUGCAUUUAAUUGAGCUAGUUGGACAGGUGUUUAUGUGGGUGGUUUAGUGACUGUAUGCCAUUGCACACAGCAAUAGCAUGUUUUUUCGUCAUUUGGCAACUCAACAUUGUUGUGCUCCAGGAAGAAAUAAAAUUAGGGAACACGCCACAUAAAAGAUGAGAAAAUGCUUCAAGAGGUAAAUUCAAAUUGUGUAGGCCGUGUAUUUUGAAUGAAGAAAAGGCGAUUGCUUUGGAGAGACUAAAUAAAAACUAAAGAAAAGGUUAUCGACAAAUGCCUUAAAUUGCAUUUUGAGCAAUUUUUGAUAACAAAAUUCAUUUGAUUAUUGACAUAGGCGCAGAAACACAUUCUAUAUUUACCACAAAUCGAGCAGACCCUACAUUAUCUUAUCGGGUUCGCAAAAAAAUGCUUAUUACAAACGUCAAUUGAUAAAUAAUUAAUUAUACUUACAAGACACAACGAAAUGAUCUUUACAGUUCAAACUAUAGUAGAUCUUACAUAACCUGAUUUCGUUGAAAACCGUGCACCAGUGAAGGUUAAAUCAACAAAAUGAAUUCAAGGGAAUUUCGUGAAUUUGGUAAAGCUAUGGUAGAUUACAUUGCAGAUUACAUCGACAAUGUUCGAGACAGGUAUGUAAACGCAUUGGCCUACCAAAACCUAUCAAUAGCUUCUAGGGACGUAAUUCCGUCAGUACAACCUGGAUACCUACAGACCGAAAUGCCUCAAGAAGCUCCGAAUGAAGGAGAACGCUGGGAAGACGUGCUAAAAGACGUUGAAAAACUAAUAAUGCCAGGUAUCACACAUUGGCACUCGCCCAAGUUUCACGCCUAUUACCCGACGAGUAACUCUUUCCCGGCCGUUGUCGGUGAGAUGUUAAGCGCCGGAAUCGGAUGCAUUGGAUUUAAUUGGAUUACAAGUCCAGCGUGUACCGAACUGGAAGUCGUUACCAUGAAUUGGCUGGGGAAAUUGCUGGGGUUGCCGGAGGACUUCUUGAAUUCUGCCGAAGGUCCCGGAGGCGGAGUAAUACAAGGAUCUGCAAGUGAAGCUACAUUGGUGGGACUGCUUGCCGCGAAAGAAAAGGUGGUUCGGCUACUGGCGAAGAAAGAGCCUUCCCUGUCAGAGGGAGAGAUUAAAACCAAACUGGUGGCGUACACCUCCGACCAAGCGAACUCGUCAGUAGAAAAAGCUGGAAUAUUGGCUUCGGUGCCCAUGAUUCAUUUACCAACUGGCCCCGAUGGAAGUCUAAGUGGUGAUGUAUUGCGUCGAGCGAUCGCAAAGGACAGGGCGUCGGGUUUAAUCCCAUGCUACGUGGUAGCCAGCUUGGGCACAACGGGAACGUGUGCAUUUGAUAAUUUGGAGGAAUUGGCAGUUGUAUGUAAAGAUGAAGACAUCUGGCUACAUGUCGACGCAGCUUAUGCUGGCGCUGCAUUUGUUUGUCCAGAAUACCGCCACCUUAUGAAAGGCAUCGAACUGUGCGAUUCCUUCAAUUUCAACCCACACAAAUGGAUGCUAGUGAACUUCGACUGUUCGGCACUCUGGGUUAAAAAUUCCCGAAACUUAAUAGAAGCAUUUAACGUCGAUCGAAUAUAUCUGCAACACCAAUACGAGGGAAUCGCUCCAGAUUAUCGCCAUUGGCAGAUACCGUUGGGCAGGCGCUUCAGAUCAUUGAAACUGUGGUUCGUUUUACGAAUUUACGGAGCCGAAGGUAUUCGUCGACACAUUCGACAUCAGAUAAGCCUCGCUAAACAUUUCGAGCAGUUGGUCAACGCCGACGCUAGAUUCGAAGUGAAGAGCUCAGUCAUGGGGUUGGUGUGCUUCCGACUGAAAGGCGCGAAUGAGCUAACUCAGAAAUUAAUAGACAAAAUUAGUGCCGCUAGGAAAAUUUACGUCAUUCCCUGUUAUAUACAGGAAUAUUUCGUUAUACGUUUCGCGAUAUGCGCGAGAACUACGACAAUUGAAGAUAUUCACUACUCGUGGGCAGAAAUUGUUUCCCAUGUGAAAGCGACCGUGCCAGCAGAGUUCACUAAUGGAAUUUAAUCUUAAAGAAUCAUAUAUGUAAUUGCCUGUAUUUAUUUUAAAUUUUUACAUUGUAUUUGGAGACGUAUGUACAGCCAAUAGAAACAUUUUUUAUUAA